AUGAUGGCCAAGUGCAUCGUGUUAACCGCUAUAGCGAUGCUGGCGGUGGCUUGUGUGGCCUCUCCUCUGUCCAGAGACACAGCUGUGAACACAAAGGCGACGGGACGGUUUCCCGCGAGACUGGAGGCCCGUGUGAGUCGUUCCGUGCAUGUACCGGAGAAUCAGCGCGAGCUCGUGUCCCGGCAGCUCUUACAGGCACUCUCAGAAAUCAUCCAACGGGAGGGCUGCGUUACAGAUUAUCAAGGCUGGGUAGAUUUUGGGCGCCGGAGUACAGAGAUUUAAUUGUAUUUAAAGUAGUAAAAACUUUGUCAUUAAAUAUAGGCUAUUUGCAACAA